GGAUGAAGCUGUGUGUCCGUCAGCGUGGAGCUGAUCUCAGUUCAGUCCGUCUGAGCUGAAACUGGAAACUUUCUGAUGCUUUUCUCGGUCCGGAGCUUCUUCUGUCUGCACCCGUGAGAAGCUUCUCUGUGGUGACAGUGUGACCUGGAUCAGACCAGAGACCAGGUUCACAUCCAGACCCGUCCCUCUGUGCUUCAAGCUCCAUGUAAACAUCCAGACCAGGAUCCGUCCCUGACCUGAACCAGGUGCUGUGAGAGUCUGAACAGGACCAGAACCCGUUUCAUGAAGCUGGAGUCUCUGCAGACUUCCUGUCCCGCCUCCACCAUGAGUGACAUCUACGAGUCAGCGGCCAACUCUCUGGGAUUGUUCAGCAGCCCCUGUCUGACCAAAGUGGAGCUGCGACUCACCUGUAAAGGGAUCUCAGACCGAGACGCUCUGUCCAAACCCGACCCCUGCAUCGUCCUCAACAUGCAGUCCCAUGGACAGUGGAUGGAGGUGGACCGGACAGAGGUGAUCCGCAGCUGUGUGAACCCCACCUACUCCAAGGUGUUCACGCUGGACUUUUAUUUUGAAGAGGUGCAGCGUCUGCGCUUCGAGCUGUACGACAUCAACAGCAGCCACAACGGCCUGAAGGAGGCCGACUUCCUGGGAUCAGUGGAGUGCACUCUGGGACAGAUUGUCUCUCAGAGGAAACUGUCCAAAGCUCUGCUCAGACCAGGAGGCACCGUGGGAAAAGUCAUCAUCACGAUCACAGCGGAGGAGCUGACGGGGAACGACGACUACAUCGAACUCUCCUUCAGCGCCAGGAAACUGGACGAUAAGGACUUCUUCAGUAAAUCGGACCCGUUCCUGGAGAUCUACAGGCUGAACGACGACGCCACGCUGCAGCUGGUCUACAGAACUGAGACUGUUAUGAAUAAUCUCAAUCCGGUGUGGAAAACCUUCAAGGUCUCACUCAACUCGCUCUGCAGCGGAGACCAUGAACGCAAGCUGCAGUGCACCGUGUGGGACUGGGACUCCAACGGGAAACACGACUACAUUGGUGAAUUUGAGGCCACGUUCAAAGAGAUGAGAGGAGCCAUCGAUGGAAGACAGGUGCAGUGGCCAUGCAUUAAUCCCAAAUACAAAGUCAAGAAGAAGAACUACAAGAACUCUGGGAUUGUGAUUCUGAACCAGUGCAAGAUCAUCAAGAUGCACUCCUUCCUGGAUUACAUCAUGGGAGGCUGUCAGAUCCAGUUUACAGUAGCCAUCGACUUCACGGCCUCUAACGGAGAUCCUCGUAACAGCUGCUCUCUGCACUACAUCCACCCGUACCAACCCAACGAGUACCUGAAGGCUCUGGUGGCAGUGGGAGAGAUCUGCCAGGACUACGACAGUGACAAAAUGUUCCCGGCCUUUGGCUUCGGCGCUCAGAUCCCCCCUGACUACAAGGUCUCUCACGACUUUGCGGUGAAUUUUAAUGAGGAGAAUCCGGAGUGUGCAGGUAUCCAGGGCGUGGUGGAGGCCUACCAGGCCUGCCUCCCCAAGCUGCAGCUCUACGGUCCCACCAACAUCGCCCCCAUCAUCCAGAAGGUCGCCAACUCCGCCUCACAGGAGGUCCACACCAAAGAGGCCAUGCAAUACUUCAUCCUGCUGAUCCUGACGGACGGCGUCAUCACCGACAUGGCUGACACAAGGGAGGCCAUCGUCCAGGCGUCCCACCUCCCCAUGUCUGUCAUCAUCGUUGGGGUCGGGAACGCCGACUUUAGUGACAUGCAGAUGCUGGAUGGCGAUGACGGGAUCCUGCGAUCGCCCAAAGGAGAGCCCGUCCUCCGGGACAUUGUCCAGUUUGUCCCCUUCCGUAACUUCAAACAUGCGUCUCCAGCUGCUCUGGCUAAGAGCGUGCUUGCAGAAGUGCCCAACCAGGUGGUUGACUACUACAACAGCAAGGGCAUCAAGCCCAAAGUGCCCAGCGAGUACCAGUCUUCCAGGCCAUUUGGCCCCUGAGCGCCGCCACCAUGGCUGCCCCCAGACAGAGCAACCUCUGCUGGACUUAGGAAAAUGUUUACUGUAUUUUGUUCUUUGUUAGUGUGGAUGUUAAAGGUGCUACAUGCAGCAUUUUACCAUGAGGAAAUGGCUCUUUUAGACUCUGAUGUGUUCACACAAGGCUACAAGAAGCCUGUUGGGGGGGUCGUUUCACACCGAAAUUCAUUCAUUUCAGUGGAAUCUACCACUGAUGCAAAGUCUCCAGAGCUGAUGUGUGUUUGUGGUGUUGAUGGGAAAUGGUCACGACAGCGACCACAUGGAACCGAGUCCCAUGAAUAAACUGUGAUAACUUUUUGUCCAGUUAGCAACCAGGCUAGCUAAUUUGCUGUCUAGUGAUUAGCUAACUGAUAGCAAAUAAGCUACCGUCGUGAUGCAUGUUCGUGUUCAGCUCACCAGCCACUGUCAAGUAGCUGCUAUGUCACCAAGCUCCCAGCACUACGCAUUACCAAUGAUCUCACGUUCAUGAGAAAUGAGGAACAGCAGGAUGAAAAGAACUCAGUACCCUGACUUCAUCUCAUCUCCAGCUCCACGUCAGAAAAUGCUAACUGUAGCACCUUUAGCAUCCGUUGUGCAUGCAGGGCCGACAAAGGCUGAGUAGAUUGUAACGUUCAGGUGUGUUCAACGGAUAUGAAAAGCACACAAACACUGACCAAUCCAAACGCUGCUUCCCUGCAGACAGCAUGACAGGCGGGGAAACAGUCGCUGAAGGAAUGUAUGGACCCCCUGUCCCCCCGCCCCCUUCUGGUUUGUUUUUAUAAGAGUUUAUCGAGAUUUUGCUAAAUUUCGUAAGGUUCGUAUGUUGUUAAGCAUUUUGGCUCUCUGUCACAUGAACAAGCGAGCUGCCUUCACAGACGUCUGCAUCCUCUACUGUUUUUUCCUAAAGGCGAGGCAGAUGCAUGAACUGUUGUUUUGCAUGCAAAUCUCCAUGCAGGACUCCUCAGUCCUUGUGGUUUGUGUUUCCUGGUAGUGAGUAAUAUGAGUAAUACUGACGUUUACAAUGUGCCCACUGAUGGGGCUGUUCUACUCUCAAGCAUGUUCACAUGUAAACGAAAAUGUGUGAGUAGAUUUAAAAGCACAACCUAAGUAUCUUUGGAAAGAUUUCUAGAUUAUGGUGAUAGAUUUUGGUCAUUGUGCCACAACACCUGAUCUUUUUGUGUUUGAAUUAUUUCUCUUUCUUUCAGUCUACUUUUCUUGUUUUUGUUUGUUUUUAGACAUUUAGUGGUAGUUUAAAAAAAACGUUCACAAACUACUUUCUAAAAUUCUACAAUUUGCUCAAAUGCCACUUUUGAAUCCUGCUUCACAACCCAACCAUCCAUCGAUUUUCUGUGAGGUAAGGUAGCCCUGAACUCCUUAUCCCUCAACAUCUGGGAAAAUUCCCUGGCAACUUUUAGAAAAAUAAAGGAAACCUUGGGUUUGCUGCAGAUCACCUUCUGGGAAGGCUGUUGGGAAAAAACCUCCACAGGGAGGCUUCCAGGAAGAAUCUUCAACCAGAUCCCUGGACACCCUUCUCUAGCUCCUAUGGUAGAACAGCAGUGGAGUCUCUCUGGGUGUCAAAGCUCCUCGCCCUGUAUAUUUCUUCUGGGCUCUUGUCCCAUUUGGAUGUUCCCAGAAACCCAAAGGAGGUGAUCAGAUGCCUGGACCACCUCCAACAUGAAGGAGCAGCUACUCCAAGCUCCUCCUGGAUGUCCGAGUUUCUGAGCUCAGACGCUGUGAACAGAAAACUCAUUUUAGCCAUUUGUAUCCUUGAUCUCAUUAUUUUGUUCAACAUCCUGAUCCGAGCUGCAGUGGCACCAGGCUAUGCAAUGUAGUCCAGAUGACUUUCGCUCCAACCACGUCCUCUAAGUCCCGAUCCUGGGAUAAAUAGAAAUAUCACAGUGCAAUGACAUCUUUGUAUUGAUAAUUUAGUGAUUGAUUAUUUAUUACAGGCACUUUUUUAUUCUGUUGAGCAGAGAGAGAAAAGA